AUGAAUACGACCUCUUUCCCCGCAAGCCCACUGCCCGCGCAGCACCCCACAUUCCGUCCGACCACCACCGUUCUCUUAUCGCCGGGAAUUAUCAAACAACACCGACGCAAGCCCCAUCCUCCAUCCUGUGCCUCCUUGCCGCGGCCUACGAAACACGUAUGGCGGCGGCAACCCUCGCCCGCCCCACCAACACCCAUCGACCCGCCGCAUCACCGGAAGCACAACUCCGUCCACAUCGACCACCGCGUGGACAUGGACGACCUCCUGUCGUCCAUCCGCCAGACCCGCGACGAGCGCGAGCUCCACUCCCUCAUGUCGCCGUACAAAUCACGCGUCCUCUCCUCGCGGUUCAUUGUCUCCCUCCUCUCCCGCGAGCCCGACUGGCGGCGCUCGCUCGCCCUCCUCGACUGGAUGAACGACGAGGCCCACUAUACCCCCUCUGUCUUCGCCUACAACGUCGUCCUCCGCAAUGCACUCAGGGCGAAGCAGUGGGUCAUCGCCCAUGGCCUGUUCGACGAAAUGUCCCACAGAGGAUUGUCCCCUGACAGGUACACUUAUUCAACCCUAAUCACACAUUUCGGUAAAUCGGGCCUUUUCGACAACGCCCUCUCCUGGCUUCAGAAAAUGGAGCAGGCAAAUGUCCGUGGAGAUCUUGUUCUGUACAGUAAUCUAAUUGAGCUCUCCCGCAAGCUCGGUGACUACUCUAAAGCCAUCUCCAUUUUCUCCCGCCUCAAGAGAUCUGGAAUCCGUCCUGACCUAAUUGCAUACAACUUGAUGAUCAACAUUUUCGGAAAGGCCAGGCUUUUCCGUGAAGCCCGCGCUCUUCUUGACGAGAUGAGGACUGCCGGAGUCGAGCCCGACACACUUAGUUACUCGACUCUCUUAACAACAUUCGUCGAGAACAAAAAGUUUCGGGAGGCCUUUUCCGUUUUCAGGGAAAUGAGAGAAAUCGAGUGCCCGCUCGAUUUAAUCACGUGCAACAUCAUGAUUGAUGUGUUCGGCCAGCUCGACAUGGCCAAGGAGGCCGACAAACUCUUCUGGGGAAUGAGAAGAUUGAAAAUCGAGCCUAAUGUGGUGAGUUACAAUACACUAUUGAGGGUUUACGGUGAUGCCGGCCUUUUUGGAGAGGCAAUUCACUUGUUCAGGUUGAUGCAGAGAAAGGAAAUCGAGCAGAACGUGAUCACUUACAAUACCAUGAUCAUGAUUUACGGGAAAACCCACGAGUACGAGAAGGCGAAUAAUCUGAUUCAAGAAAUGCAAGGAAAAGGGAUCGAGCCAGACACGAUCACUUAUUCGACGAUAAUCUCGAUAUGGGGCAAAUUCGGAAAAUUGGAUCGGGCGGCCAUUUUGUUCCAGAAGCUUAGAAGCUCAGGCAUUGAAAUCGACCAAGUCCUUUACCAGACGAUGAUAGUGGCUUAUGAGAGAGCUGGGCUUGUGGCCCAUUCCAGACGGCUGUUAACUGAGCUAAAGAGGCCCGAUAACGAUAAUAUUCCUAGGGAGACAGCUGUCAGGAUCUUGGCCCGUUCGGGCCGGGUUGAAGAGGCCACAUGGGUUUUCAGGCAGGCGGUUGAAGGUGGGGAAAUAAAGGAUUUAUCGGUUUUCGAGCAAAUGAUUUAUCUUUUUUCUAAAUAUAAAAAGUUCAGUAAUGUGGUUGAGGUUUUUGAGAAAAUGAGGAAAAUGGGGUGUUUUCCGAGUUCGGAAAUUGUGGGGCUUGUUCUGAAUGCGUACGGGAAGAUGGGAGAGUUUGAGAAGGCAGAAAGGGUGUAUGGGGAAAUGGAGGAAGAGUGUGUUUUCUCGGACGAGAUUCAUUUUCAGAUGCUGAGUAUUUAUGGGGAGAGACGGGAUUUCAAGAGGGUUGAAGAGUUGUUUGGUAGGCUGGAGAGGGAUGAGAAUGUGAACCAGAAGGAUUUGCAUCUUCUGGUGGCUGGGAUUUAUGAGAGGGCUAAUAGGUUUAGUGAUGCGUCGAGGAUUGUUAAUCGAAUGAGGGAUAAAAGAUUUCGAUAG